AUGGCUACUCACAAUCAUGAGGAAGAAAUGGAGCAGGUCUUCAUUGACCCAGUGCCCAGCAUCAACUGGGGUACCUGGGUUGAGCCUCUUGAUAUGUUCCCUACCCAGCCAGAUGCCUCGCCGCUCAUGCGCGACGGAGAAGGCCAAGGCACCGAUGCAUACCGGGCAUCUCGGCACCCCUGGGACGUAGUUGACUACUAUCUCUACCUCAAUGCCGUCGAGAAGGGUUGCCACGAUUGGGAAACCCGGUUCUAUGAAAGCCAGGUGGUUGAUAGUCACAAGCGGCGGGAGAAGGAGAGUUUGGGGCCUACCAUCGAUUCAGACGAUCCGGAGACCCAGCAGCACUGGGAAGAGCCGCUCAUACUAUUUGCCUCGCUGCCCGUGCCACACGCGCACCUCCUCCCGCACCGCAAGUUCAUUUUGGGGUACAAUUCCCGUCAUUGCCGCUUGAGCGGCUAUCUCUUCGAGACCGCACCCGACACCCUCGCCAAUCUAGGAGAGGUGUGGGACCAGCGCAAGCUCAUCAUCAACAUCCCACUAGACCGUUUCAUUCAAAUCCUUAAAUAUGCCGCCACGCGGAACCCGGCUGUCCUGCAAACAGGUAUGUUCAACUUCUUCCACGAGACCACACGUCACCUCCAUGCUGGCAUGGACAUGGUGCUAGCCAUCAAGUGCGCCCAAUUCAUUAACGAUGCCGUCUCGGGUGCAAUAAUUAGCGAUCCCAGCCAUAUAGUGGUGCCCUCGGACAUGGUCGACAUCGAGGAGAAGCUUCGUGACAUUCUCUGUCGAGCGUCGCACAAUGCCUGGUUCAGCGCUCACAAGGGACAGACGGCGGAGCAGUUUCGCGAGCACGGGCUCGUUAAAGCUGCGUCAUCCAAUCUGUUCAGUGACCAGCUCAGCCCGCCGUCUAUCGUUAACGAUGAGGCAAAGGCGAAGCCGGGCUCCUGCGCACCGGUUGAGCAGAAUACGUCUUCAUUGUUAUAUAAGAUUGAGCUGCCUCAGCUAGGUCUCACCACCUUGGAGAUCGUCCGACAAUGGACAUUUGACAGUGUGCUUUUGUUGAUGCGUUCUUGGUGUAGACUGUCUGAGCCGUUUUUGAAGCGCUAG